CUCCUCCGCUGCGCUGCGCCGAGCCGGGCAGGGCGGCGACGGCUUCCGCGGCUGGCGAACGGUGAGUGCCCAGCCCUCCCCUCUCUCCUCUGCGCGGUGGGCCCGCAGCGGGAGGCCCUGGGGGCACCCGUCCCGUCCCGUUUCGCUGCGGGGCUUCGGGACGCGGCGCCCCGUCCGGCCGCGUGGGAGCCGCCCUGCCCUCGGGCGCGGAGCUGAGGCCUGCGGGCCGGGCCUGCCUGCGGCCCCAUCCCCUCGGGCUGCGGGGUCCGGGCUUCGGGGCGCGGGCACUGCUGCGGUGCGGGCCGCGCUGAGGCGGGGCCGACCCGUUCCCUCAGAGAGCGGGUGGAGGCCCGCAGAGAUUGCGGGCGCUGCUGGCCGAGGCUCUGCAUGGACCGGCGUGUCGCAGUGCUCCCAGCUGGGGGGACCAGGGUGUCUCCGGCGCUGCAUCCUGUUGCGGUUGGAGGUAGCGCCGCACGGAAAGCCGUCCUGCAGCUUGGCUCUCCCCUGCUUGGCUGUACGCCUCCUCCUGCCUGCUGUGUGCCCUCUUCAUCCGUCAGCAUCUCUAUGGUGAAACCCCCUCCCAUCACACGAUGACCCACUGUCCCACCCUGCGGUCUGCAACGCUUCCCCGUGCCCUGCGCUUGUGUGACCUCCUCCCGCCACCCAGCACAGCCUGCCCAAGCGCUCUGAGUAACAGAGCUAAGAAUAACCGGCCUGGCGACACGGCCCGGCUGUGCGUGGCUCUGUGCUGCGGCCCUGCCUGGGGCCGGACCGUGAGGGAAGGUUGCAGGGAGCGGGAUUCCCCUCACUGCCAGGCAGGAGAUGGGUGCCGUGCUUGGGUUCCUCGUUCUGCGGCCCCGCUGGGCUGCAGUCAGGAGGAGUCACCCCACCGGUCUUGAGGAAACGCGUACCUCACUGGCAGCGUCCUGGUUGCCAAGCAGGAGUCAGAGCAGAGCUGCACCGCUCUGGGACAGGCAGAGGCCUCUCCAGAGCCAGGCUGCUGGGCAGGCAGGCAGGCAGCAGGCCAGCAGUGCCAUCCCCACCACUGCUCUUGGGUGUUGCUGGCUCUUGGCAGGGUGAGAGCAGAUGGUUUAUUCACCCAAGGGUUGCUCUGCCGCCUUGUGCCGCCAAACCUCUGGGGCGUUUGGCUUUACGAGCAGGAGCUGGGACAGGCAGCCUGCACAGUCCUGCUCCUGGGCCUGACUCAAGUCACCCUGUCCUCUGGGGAAAGGCUGUCACGCCUCUUCCUUCCCAGAACCCCGCAGAUAGAGCUGCCUCUGCUCCCCGGAGGGCUCCUCCCUUCCCGUCUCGUUGACUCAGUGCUUGGGCAGCCGUGGGCGGCUGUCUAGGAGAGAAGCAGCCCCGCAGCUGCUAACGCUCAUCAGGCAAGUAGGAUAGGGAAGGUCCCGGUGACCAGAAAGCUGUCCUUGUGAAGAGGCGGCAAUGCACACAGCUGGAAGAAGUGAUUUUUGGAGACAGAAAGUGCUUGGAAUUCCUCUGCACUCAGCUCUCAUUGUGCAGAGGGGACGGGGAGGCUCCGCACAGUGGCUGGCGCGCUAUUUCUUUCCAGCACGCCGUCAGAGCGGCUCCGCUCAUUCAGCCCCCUGAAGGCACUGGGAGUGUGAUGGCUGGGCUGGAGGCCAUGGCCCUCUUCUGAUCAGAAAGGCACCACUGUCUGCACCGGGCAUGGGGCCUGGGGAGGCUUUCCCAGCCCCAGAUCCUCACAGACACAGAGGUGGAGGUAGCGGUGCCAGUACGCAGCUAUGAUGCCCUUUGGGGGGAUCGCUGCCCGGCUGCAGAGGGACCGCCUGAGAGCCGAGGGGGUCGGCGAGCACAACAACGCUGUCAAGUACCUCAACCAGGACUAUGAAGCCCUCAAGCAAGAGUGCAUCGAGAGUGGCACCCUCUUCAGGGACCCCCAGUUCCCAGCUGGCCCCACUGCCCUCGGCUUCAAGGAGCUGGGGCCAUACUCCAGCAAGACACGGGGCGUGGAGUGGAAGCGUCCAUCGGAAUUAGUGGAUGACCCUCAGUUCAUCGUUGGUGGUGCAACCCGGACAGAUAUCUGCCAAGGAGCUCUGGGUGACUGCUGGCUGCUGGCUGCCAUCGGCUCCCUCACUCUCAACGAGGAACUCCUGCACCGUGUGGUGCCCCACGGGCAGAGCUUCCAGGAGGACUACGCUGGCAUCUUCCACUUCCAGAUCUGGCAGUUUGGUGAGUGGGUGGACGUGGUGGUGGACGACCUGCUGCCCACCAAGGACGGGGAGCUCCUGUUUGUGCAUUCAGCAGAGUGCACAGAGUUCUGGAGUGCUCUGCUGGAGAAGGCUUACGCCAAGCUGAACGGCUGCUACGAGUCGCUCUCAGGGGGCAGCACCACUGAGGGCUUUGAGGAUUUCACCGGCGGCGUAGCGGAGAUGUAUGACCUCAAGCGGGCACCGCGCAACAUGGGCCACAUCAUCCGCAAGGCACUGGAGAGGGGGUCCCUGCUGGGCUGCUCCAUCGACAUCACAAGUGCCUUUGAUAUGGAAGCAGUGACCUUCAAGAAGCUGGUGAAGGGCCAUGCCUAUUCUGUCACCGCCUUCAAAGAUGUGAACUACCGGGGUCAGCAGGAACAGCUCAUCCGUAUCAGAAACCCCUGGGGUCAGGUGGAGUGGACUGGAGCCUGGAGUGAUGGUUCUUCCGAGUGGGACAACAUUGACCCCAGCGACAGAGAAGAGCUGCAACUGAAGAUGGAGGAUGGAGAGUUUUGGAUGUCUUUCCGGGACUUCAUGAGGGAGUUCUCCAGGCUGGAGAUCUGCAACCUAACCCCCGAUGCCCUCACCAAAGAUGAGCUCAGCAGGUGGCACACACAGGUGUUCGAGGGCACAUGGCGCCGAGGGAGCACUGCUGGGGGCUGCAGGAACAACCCAGCCACAUUCUGGAUCAAUCCCCAGUUUAAGAUCAAGCUGCUGGAAGAGGAUGAUGACCCUGGGGAUGACGAGGUGGCUUGCAGCUUCUUGGUGGCCCUGAUGCAGAAGCACCGUAGGAGGGAGCGGCGAGUAGGGGGCGACAUGCAUACCAUCGGCUUCGCUGUCUACGAGGUUCCUGAGGAGGCCCAGGGAAGCCAGAAUGUGCACUUGAAGAAGGACUUCUUCCUGCGAAACCAGUCGCGGGCACGCUCUGAGACCUUCAUCAACUUGAGGGAAGUGAGCAACCAGAUCCGGCUGCCCCCUGGCGAGUACAUCGUUGUGCCCUCCACCUUUGAGCCACACAAGGAGGCCGACUUCAUACUGCGGGUCUUCACCGAGAAGCAGUCAGACACAGCGGAGCUGGAUGAGGAGAUCUCGGCAGACCUGGCAGAUGAGGAAGAAAUAACCGAGGACGACAUUGAGGAUGGUUUCAAGAACAUGUUCCAGCAGCUGGCAGGGGAGGACAUGGAAAUCAGCGUCUUCGAGCUCAAGACGAUUCUGAACAGAGUGAUCGCCAGACACAAAGAUCUGAAGACGGAUGGCUUCAGUCUGGACUCCUGCCGCAACAUGGUCAACCUGAUGGAUAAAGAUGGCAGUGCCCGCCUGGGGCUGGUGGAGUUCCAGAUCCUAUGGAACAAGAUCCGCAGCUGGCUGACAAUCUUCCGCCAGUAUGACCUGGAUAAAUCAGGCACCAUGAGCUCAUACGAGAUGCGCAUGGCUCUAGAGUCAGCUGGUUUCAAGCUGAAUAACAAGCUGCAUCAGGUGGUGGUUGCCCGUUACGCAGAUGCUGAGACGGGCGUGGACUUCGACAACUUUGUCUGCUGCCUGGUGAAGCUGGAGACAAUGUUCAGGUUCUUCCACAGCAUGGAUCGUGAUGGCACUGGCACCGCUGUCAUGAAUCUCGCUGAGUGGCUGCUGCUGACAAUGUGCGGCUAGGAGCCAGGACAGAUGCGCUGUGACUAGGACGCUCCAGCAGGCCAGGCCACCUCCAAGUGCCUCGCUUCAGGUCCAUGGACACAGGAUAAUCUCCCUCCUCUUGCUCCAUCCUAUGCUGAGCCACCAGCCCUGCCUGUCAGCACGCCUCGCUCCACCCUCACCCAUGGAGCAUUUUGCAGGGGGCAAGGCAGGCAGGGGCUGCCCUUCUCCUUUUCUGGGCUGGGCUUGCUUUCCACCCUUCUCCUCCUCUUGUCCCACCCCAGAAGAGAAGGAGGGCAAGCAGCACGGGGAGUCUGUAGUUCACUGCACCUAGCUUUGGGGCAGCUGCUUAGAGGCCAGUGCAGGAGCAGACUGGGGGCUAUCCACCCGGCAGGGAGAGGUGGGAGCUGUGGGGGGGAAGAGGAGGAGGACUUGUUUUGCUUGCUCCAGUGCUGUCUCAUCCCCUGUGGCAUGUGCUACCUGUCCCAGGGAGCAUCAGCAGAUGCUGCCUCGCUUAGGCAGGGCAGUUGGUUCAUGGGGAACCAGGGUGAGAAGUUACACGCUCUUAAUGCCAUUGCCUUGCACUCAUCAGCACUAAACAUGACCAAAGCACGGAGCUGCAGCUGGUCAGGACACUGGUGUUCAAUACCUCCUGCCGCAACCUCUUUCUGCGUGGCCUUCAAGCUCUCCCUCACACCCCUUACUCUCUGCCCCCCUCUGUCCCACCAUAGGGCCAAAGCCUAUCAUUUAAGCACUCCCCUGCCACGUGCCACUAUAACACAGCCCAUCGUGCUCCUCUCAUCCUAUGCACGCACAGCAGUACCACUACACCCUUUCCCCAGGGCUGUCCUGGCCUCCCCUCCUGCUGCCACGGUGGAGUUGGGCCAAGGAGGACUGGUGAUGGCUGGGAGGCAUUUCUCCAGUACACAGUUGUCUGUUUUCCUCUUUCCCCCCUCCUUUCACCCUGUUAUGAUCCCUACAGCCCUCGGGCUCCUUCACUCAGCACAGAUAUGCUCCUGUGCCAAUGUAUUUGCACUUCUCCACACUCCUCACCCCCCUCUGUUCCUGUGGAUGAUGGGGUGGCUCCAGCAUGGCAGUGGGCAAAGGCCCAGCCAAGGCAGGCAGGCCCUUAGCCGCUCCCAGGCCUACGGCUCCGGAGGCCGUGCUUGCAGCAAUAACCACUCCUGCCCACCUGGCAGGCCCGCUUCCUCUUUGUGCUCGGGGCAAUAAACCUAGCUCUGUUGGA